CUUAUAUAAGCAUGUCACAAGCAUCGAUCCUAACUUGUCAUUCAGAGUUUUACAAUCCCAGAUAAGUGUACAUUUUACAGGGCGCGUUUUGGCAGAUACAAAUAAGGAAGAAUGGAGUCAUCACACAAGCUUUUCCCGGCCGUUGCCAUCCUCCUCCUGCUCGUCGUCGCCACCGAGGUGGUGCCAGCGCAGGCACGAGAGUGUGAGACAGAGAGCGAGCGGUUCAACGGGCUGUGCUUCGUGUCCGAAAACUGCGCCGGUGUGUGCGGUGCGGAGGGGUUCACCGGUGGCAAGUGCUCCGGCUUGAAGAGGAGGUGCAUGUGCACGAAGGAGUGCUAGACGAUAUCAUGAUAUAUUUAGGUGGUUGGACGGCGACAAUUAUGAACUUAUUCUUUGCAUGGUUUGAAUUACCUUUGUUCGUAUGUUUGAUAAAGUUCCAGGUUCACCGCGAUGUUAUCCUUGGGUUCGAAUGAAGGAAAAUGUUUUGUUUCUUUAAAGAAAAGAAAAUGUGUGGCCCAUGAGAGUGUUCAUGGGAUCACAUGUAUCUCCUUUUUUUCCGUAUGUUUCUCUUCUUUCUGGGUGUGCCUAGCUCUUAUCUAGAUGAGACAUAACUAAGUACCAUCUAACUCCUAUGCCAUUUGAUUUUACAUAAAGAUUCGUGAAGAUUUUUUCCUUUCC